AUGGGCAAGAUCCAGUGGUCGAACGGCGUGUACUGCUCGGGCGCGCUGAUCGGCUCGCGCCACGUCGCGACCGCGAAGCACUGCGCGCCCCUCAACAACCCGGGCGUCAGCGUGCGCUUCAUGCCGGCCUACUACGACGGCGAGUCGUUCCCCGGCGCGUACGUCACCACCAUCAUCUACCUGCCGGACUACUCGGUCAACGACCCGGACGCGAACGCCUGCGACAUCAAGGAGGACUGGGCCAUCUUCAUCCUCGACUCGCGCCUGGGCGACCAGCGCGGCGGCCUCGGCGCCAAGCUCAUCGAGCCCUCCAUCAUCAACAACCCCUCGCUGCUCAACCUCGGAUACCCCGGCGACCUUGCGAACGGCAACAGGCCGUACCGGCAGGAGAAGAUCACGGUCCGCAAUAAGUUUGACUGUGACGCGACCGGCGGUCUCUCCACCGAUGCCGAUGUCGCCGGCGGCAUGAGCGGCGGUCCUCUCAACAUCGUACCCAGCCCAAAACCCCUUUUACCUACCUACCGUAUCCAUCACAUCACACGCAACAAGACACAUGCUAACCCUAAGCGACAUAGUGGCAAAACGUCAACGGCGCUCCCCUACAGCUGGGUGUUCUCAGCGUAA